GAGCGGUGCGCUGCUCCCGCGCCAAAAGGGUGGGAAGGUUUAGAUUUCCCCUUUCUUUUUUCUUUCUUAAAGGGCGGGUGAAAGAGAAAACAGACCCUAGAGCCAGUUUUCCUCUUGUGUCAAGGCUUGAAAGCGCUCCAGCGUCUUCCUGCGGGCUGCUCAACUUCAUCCCUCGUGUGUGUGCAUGUGUGCGUAUAUCUAUUAUACACAUAAAGUAGGUGUACGUGUGCGCGCCGUGUCCCACCGGCGGCCCGGGCGGAUGGGCAGCGGAGCCCCUCACCUCUGCACGCCGCCCCCAGCCGCCCCCAGCCCUCCCUCUCCCCGUCCCUCCCCGCCCGCCUCCGCGGAGCUGCUCCGCGCCUGCAGCCGGGAGAGCACCGCGCCGCCGCCGGGAUCCGCGGCAGCUUUUGGCGAGGAGCGGAGCGGAGCGGGGGAGAGGCACAAAAGGGAAGGACGGAGGGAAAGUCCCUCCCACGCCCCCCUCCCCCAAGUUUAUGAUGGGGGUCCGGAGGAGCUGCGCUGCUCCGCGGCAACCGCUCGUCUGCUGAAAACUUGCUGCUUCGCUUUUUGGGGUUCCUGAGCUGGAAGAUGUCCGUCUAAGAUGGAAACUUCUGCUUCGACAGCUGCUGGGAAAAAAGAAGGGAAAGGUGCUGUUCUGGAGGGGAAUGGCUUUACAGAGACGGGGAAGAAACCCCCUCCUUUAGCAGCAGUGGGAGCAGCAGUGGCACAAGGAGUGCCGCAGCACAUUUUUCCGGCCUUCCACGCUCCUUUGCCAAUUGACAUGCGCCACCAGGAAGGACGAUACCAUUACGAACCUCACUCUAUCCAUGCUAUCCACGGGCCUCCUCCUCUGAGCGGCAGCCCUGUCAUCUCCGACAUCUCCCUCAUCCGCCUGUCUCCGCACCCUGCCGGGCCUGGCGAGUCGCCCUUCAGCCCCCCUCACCCCUACGUGGCACCCCACAUGGAGCACUACCUCCGCUCUGUGCACAGCAGCCCCACGCUCUCCGUCAUCUCUGCUGCCAGGGGCCUCAGUCCUGCCGACGUGGCUCAUGAGCACCUGAAGGAACGAGGCCUCUUCGGGCUGCCACCGCCACCACCGGGAGCCAACCCUGCUGACUACUACCACCAAAUGACGCUGAUGGCCGGCCACCCAAACCCCUAUGGGGACCUCCUCAUGCAGGGUGGGGGAGCAGCCAGCACAGCCCACCUCCACGAUUACCUCAGCCCUGUUGAUGUGUCCCGGUUUUCGAGCCCGCGGGUGACUCCAAGAUUAAGCCGGAAACGAGCCCUGUCUAUCUCCCCACUCUCUGAUGCCAGCAUUGAUCUCCAGACAAUGAUCAGGACCUCCCCAAACUCUCUUGUGGCAUAUAUCAACAACUCCAGAAGCAGUUCAGCAGCGAGUGGCUCCUAUGGCCAUUUAUCUGCCGGGACGAUCAGUCCAGCAUUCAGCUUCCCCCACCCGCUUAACCCCGUGACAUACCAGCAGAUCCUGACGCAGCAAAGAGGCCUGAGCUCAGCCUUUGGACACACUCCUCCCCUGAUCCAGCCAUCCCCAACCUUCCCCACACGGCAGCAUAUGGCAGUCAUCUCCGUGAACCCAUCACCAGCACAGAGCAGCAGCAACAGCAACUGCAUCUCUGACUCCAGCCAGACCAAGCAGAGCAGUGAGUCGGCCGUGAGCAGCACCGUCAAUCCAGUAAUUAACAAACGCAGCAAGGUCAAGACUGAAGUUGAGGGCUUGCCCCCAGUGUCCCCAAACACACAGGAGCAUCUGACAGACCUGAAAGAAGAUCUUGAUAAGGAUGAAUGUAAACAGGAGCCUGAGGUUAUUUAUGAGACUAACUGCCACUGGGAAGGAUGCACAAAGGAAUAUGACACUCAGGAGCAGCUCGUCCAUCACAUCAACAACGAUCACAUCCACGGGGAGAAGAAGGAGUUUGUGUGCCGCUGGCAGGACUGCACACGGGAGCAGAAGCCCUUCAAGGCUCAGUAUAUGCUGGUGGUGCACAUGCGAAGGCACACAGGAGAGAAGCCACACAAGUGCACGUUUGAGGGUUGUUCCAAAGCCUAUUCCCGCCUGGAGAACUUAAAGACACACCUGAGGUCCCACACUGGAGAAAAACCUUAUGUCUGUGAACACGAAGGCUGCAAUAAAGCCUUUUCCAAUGCCUCAGACAGAGCCAAGCACCAGAACAGGACACAUUCCAAUGAGAAACCCUACGUCUGUAAAAUCCCUGGCUGCACGAAGCGGUACACGGACCCCAGUUCCCUCAGAAAACACGUCAAGACAGUGCACGGGCCUGAUGCCCACGUCACAAAGAAGCAGCGCAAUGACGUUCACCCGAGGCCACCUCCACUCAAGGAAAAUGGGGACAAUGAGGCAAGCGCCAAGCAGAGCAGCAAGGUGUCAGAGGAGAGCCCCGAGGCCAACAGCACCACAAGGAGCAUGGAGGAUUGCUUACAAGUCAAAACGAUAAAAACAGAGAAUUCUGUGAUGUGUCAGUCCAGUCCUGGUGGCCAGUCGUCAUGCAGCAGUGAGCCAUCACCCCUUGGCAGCACCAACAACAAUGACAGUGGAGUAGAAAUGAACAUGCACAGCGGGGGAAGUCUGGGAGAUCUGACGGCGUUGGAUGACAACGCUCCUGUCGUGGACUCAACAGUCUCAUCUGGUAACUCGGCAGUCAGCCUGCAACUAAGGAAACACAUGACGACGAUGCAACGACUUGAACAGCUCAAGAAGGAGAAACUCAAGACAGUUAAGGAUUCCUGCUCAUGGGUGAGCCCAGCUCCACAAGCCAGAAACACCAAGCUGCCUCCCAUCUCAGGAAAUGGCUCUGUUCUAGAAAAUAGUGGUGGUUCUUCUGCUAUGCUGCCUAACCCCAGAAUAAUGGAGCUGUCUGUCAACGAGGUUACAAUGCUGAACCAACUCAACGAGCGCCGUGACAGUACAACAAGCACCGUCAGCUCUGCCUACACUGUCAGCCGCAGGUCCUCAGGGAUCUCCCCGUACUUCUCCAGCCGCCGCUCCAGUGAGGCUUCGCAUCUCGGGCACCGCCCCAACAACACGAGCUCUGCUGACUCCUACGACCCCAUUUCCACGGAUGCCUCCCGCCGGUCGAGCGAGGCGAGUCAGUGCAGUGGGAUGCCGGGUCUGCUGAACCUCACACCAGCUCAGCACUACAGGCUAAAAGCCAAGUACGCUGCUGCCACAGGGGGCCCGCCUCCGACUCCCCUGCCAAACAUGGAGAGGAUGACCCUGAAGAACAGGAUCUCACUUAUGGAUGGGCCAGACCCCACCUUGCCCUCCAUCCGCCUCCCACCAGGCCCCAGGCGUUGCAGUGAUGGUAACACCUAUGGCUACCCAUCAGCUCCAGCAUUUCCCCAUGAGGUGCAGGGCAACUGCACAAGACGGGCAAGCGACCCAGUGAGGAGACCUCCUGGAGACCCUCAGGCUCUCCCACGAGUUCACCGUUUCAACAGCACUAACAGUGUGAACCCUUUCCAUCCUCCACACGCCACAGACAGGAGGAAUUUUGGUCUCCAGAGCUAUGGGCGCUCAGAUGGGAGCCUGCCCCGGCACACCUACUCACCUCGGCCACUGAGCAUCAGUGAAAACAUCACCAUGGAGGCCAUGUCCGGGGAGACAGAUGUGCCCAUUGGAGAUGAUGACAUUAUGCUGCCAGAUGAUGUGGUACAGUACAUCAAAUCCCAGAACAAUGGGACAGUGGCUGAGAGCACUUCUGUGGGGUACAGCAAUGAGAUGCAGAAUUUCGAAGGAGGUGGGAAGCUGCAGCCUCCAGCCUUGCCCAGCCAGCGCAGGAUGGCAGUGGCAGAGGCAAGUAUGAGCCACUUGGGACCCAUGAUGGCAGAGUGUUCCAUGAGUUUUGAUACUUCUUCAGACAUGAAUAAAAAUAACAUGCCUGUCCAAUGGAAUGAAGUCAGCUCAGGCACAGUUGAUAUCAUGUCCAAUCAGUCAAAGCAGCAGUUUUCACAAGGGAACUUAGCAGUGGUCCAGCAGAAGCAGAACUUCGGUCAGUACCAGAACUACAACCAGCAGCAGAUGCAGCUGCCAGACAACAGCAUGAAUGCAACACAGCAGAGCUUUAUGCAGAGAAACAUGGGCAUGGAUGGGCAGAGGCUAAACUGCAUGCAGCUGCGGCAGCAGCACAUGAGCCUAGGUCCCAGCAUGAACCCCGAUAUGGGCUUGCACACAGGGUAUAACCAACCACAUCAGAUGCUGAGCCCCAGUGCAGUCAGUGGCAAUCCAAAUCAGAUCUCUCCUAAUUGUAGCAACAUGGCAGCAAAAUCUGGAUCCCACCUUCACCCUCAGCAAAUGGACAUGGCAGCCAACCCUUCCUUGAUGGUCAGGAGCAACGGUGAGCGCACAGUGCUGGGACAGGUCUUGCACGAACCGAGUCAGCAGAACUACUCGUCGCAGUCAAGCCACCUGAACUUCCCUGUGGCACAAGAGACCUUUCCUCAGCCCAUCAUGACCUCCAAUCAGCCCAAUUUUGAGCCUCAGCAGAGCGUGAUGGGUUCAGCUGCGCAGGCAUAUCCGCCUGGCAUGAUCCAGCCUCAUCCUCCACCAGAGCCAAACCCGGGCAGCAGACCCCGAGGGGUCCGCACCACCCAGCAGCUGGGCUACAUGAGAACUCCCCAUCCUACGAGCACCAUCAGCCCUGGCCAGGAGACAACAGAGGCCAUGCAUAAAAGAACCAGCGACAUGCUGCUGGCACCAGCCCAGCAGUGCGCGGACGGCACGAGGGACAACAACCUGAUGUACUAUUACGGCCAAAUCCACAUGUAUGAACAGAACAACGGCUUCGAUAACCACACGGACUGUCGGGUCAGGCAGCAGCAGUGCACACAAAACAGCAAGCCAGCCACUCUGCCUUCCCCAGGAACAAACCAGGUGUCCAGCACAGUGGACUCUCAAGGUCUUGAGCCGCCCCAGAUAGAUUUUGAUGCCAUCAUGGACGAUGGGGACCAUUCAAGCCUGAUGUCAGGAACCCUGAGCCCCAGCAUCCUGCAGAACCUCUCCCAGAACUCCUCUCGCCUGACGACUCCACGAAACUCUCUGACACUUCCCACCAUACCUGCAGGGAUAAGCAAUAUGGCAAUAGGUGAUAUGAGCUCCAUGCUAACCACGCUGGCAGAAGAGAGUAAAUUUCUAAACAUGAUGUCGUAACACUAAAGCACAAGGCCUUGGUGCUAUCCAAGGGGCUCUGCGUGAAGCAGUUGUAUGAAUGUGCUUUUCAAAAAUAAUCUGUUUCAAUAGAGUAGGGUUUUUUAUAAGUGUUAAAUACAUUAAAGGAUUUCAAAAUGAAUUUUUUUAAAAAUCUGUGUACAGAAUUAUGUAAACUAUAUGCAGGCAGUUCAGUACCACAAGGGUGCACCUCUAGUAUUAUUUUUUUGGCUUGGUUUCCCGGAGCACUGAACAGUAUCACCACCAAGCUAGGAGACAGCCUAAGGGUGGUUAGAGAUGAAACCCUCCCUUCUGGGAAGCCCUGUAAAUAGCCUUCCCCAUCAUUUUUCCAUUAGUUACAUUUGCAAAAAAAAUCCGUUUUCAACCCACCCCAGAAAGAAAUGGGAGGAUGCGGUUUUGGUUAGAAUAAAAGCCAUACUAUGUAUUCUGCUCUGAUGAGAGUAGGGUUUAGUUAAGUCUCCAAACAAGCCCUCUGCCAGCAGUAUUGUUUUAUACCAUAAAUACCUUUGUACCUUGCAAAGAGCGACGUUUCCAAAUGGCUUCUCAGCAAAGUGCCUUACCAUGCUUUCUUGUUAAGUAGCCAAGGCCUCUCUUCCUUUAAAAAUCAAAUAUAGUGUAUUGUCAGAAGCGUAUAUAAAAUGUACAUUUAUAAAAACAUAGUGGUGUUUCUGAGAAAACAUUGGAAAGACACAUUGAUGAGACACAUAAAAGGUGAAUGCACACUUUGAUCAGAUGUGUUUACAACGUGGUUUAUAUCAUGUGCAGAGUGGAGCAGAGGUCUGGGAACAGCAAUCACUGGGAAAUAAUCCCCCGUGGCAGGAAGGCUCUGGCAUGCAGACUGACACACAUGCAUAACUUUGCACCUUCUAAACACAGUGACUUUCUGUGAGUGCCCCACAUACAUCAUUAAUGUCAGAGUGCUGGAGCACACAUUACUGGAUCCCUGUGCAGCUUUGCAGCAGCUUCGCUCUCUGGUGGGUUUUCCAUGCUGAGGUGCUCACAUAAACAAGUUAUGGUGAUGGAGAGACUUUUGUGAUUGUUCCAGCCCAGUGUGCACUGUGGCAGCACCAAGGGAACAGGUUAAUCUGCCAGGGUUCAUCUGUGUGAUGUGCUCAGUGCAGGGUUCUGCCCGGGCUCCAUGUGCACAACAGGUGCCUUGCUGCACUGAUGUGGGGCCAAGCAUAAGCCAAAACACCCUGCCCCACAAGCAAGCUUGUUGGCAGGAACCCAGUGCUAGCUUAACGUGUCCCACAGCAUGAAAAUACCUGCUGUAUCCAAAAAAUAUACCACGGUCACCCUGAGUUGUUCAUUUGACUAGCAGACUGCACCUGCAGCCUGCAGCACCUGCACUAGCAGACUGCACCUGCAGCACUAAACAUGUGUAUAGUCUCAAAACAGAUAUUUGAGUCAGAAUAGUAGCUUGCUCUUUCCUUCCCAUCUCCUGUCACAUCAGUGUCAUGUCCUCAUUUGCACCUGACUCUGUCACUGCCCAGGACCAGGACAGCUCUGUAAGGGUGUUUGCUGGUGUCUUUGCUUUCCUUUUGCACAAACUGAUGUCAGGAUCACUCUUCCCAGUAUCACCAGGGGCUGGCAUGAAAAUGCCACAUGCUACCUCCAGGCAAACUCUGUGACAUCAGGUAGGCAGGAGCUGUGGAUUGGGACAGCUUUGCUGCCAGGUAUCCCUGGCUACAGCUGGUGCAGGGAGGUGCUGCUCAGCAUCCUGCAGUCUCAUCAUCCUCAUCCCAGAUGCAGAGAGUACACACAGGGUGCUCGCAGCCCUGCCUUUCACCCUUCAAUGAUUCCUGCUGAUGUCCAGGGUGCAUGAGGACAGGGAAGCAAAGCAAGGUGCCUGGCUGUUUAUUUGUGUCUCCUGUGAAAGUUGUGUUUAAAGGGAUUGUUUUAUAAUCUGCUGUAUAUAUUCUCCUGCAGUUACUGACCUUGCCCUUGCCUUCACAUUUAUGAAAAGAGGGCAGUACAUGUUUUAGGACAUUGUAUGUUGUCCUGGACGCUUGGAGUACAACUGGGCAUCCCUUAUGCUGAGAUGCAUCAGACUUUUGUGUGUCCUUUGAUUGCUAAUGACUUUUUUAACAGCUGCAUAGGGCAACAAUGGCUCCUGAGUCCCUCCUCACAGAUAUCUCAUUAGCAAAAGUUCAAAUACAGAAGCAAAACCAAAUCUCCAAUGACUUGAGAUUUUUUGGACUUUCCAGUGGUGGUCUUCCUUCAUUUACUGAAAAAGUAUUAUAAUAAUCUUUACAGCACUGUAUAUAUUAUGUAUAGAAGACAUCAUUACUAAAAGUACUGUAGGUGAAUUGUUCUGUCAAAUUUAUAUCCUAAGAACAUUUUUAGCUGUUUUCUACAUCGUAAGAAUGGAGGUAACAUGCUGAACCUGUAUAUAAACCUUUUGUACAUUAAAAAGUAAUUUUUUUUUCAUAA